UUGCUUACCAUAGCCCUUCAUUCCUUUGUUCAGGUGAAGAGAUUCGAGAAAAUCCUCACGCGAUAUCUUACUCGAAAAAUUGGAUUUGAAGCAGUUCUGAGAAUUCGUUGUUCAAGAGGACUCAGUUUAUCCGCGUUCUACGGUAAUUUCUUCGUGCGAUCUACUGACCUUCUUGCUCUCGCUAAUGUCAAUCCAGACUCAGCUAUUGCUGUGCAGGUAAGCAUGGAGGAAAAAUUGUCGACGACUGUCUGUUUCCAAGCAGCUCUCCUUUAUACGUCUAGCAAAGGUACGUUUGUUGCUAUCUCUUCAACUUCGGAAUCUAGAAUCGUCGCUUCAGGAGAUCGUCGCAUUCGUGUUCAUACCAUGUGUCUACCUACAACUGCGGAUUUGGCCCAAGUCUACAACAAUUUUGACUUGAAGGCCACAGUGUCCCUCAUAGCGAAAAUUGGAGUUGAUCGAUCCAUGUCGGGAUGCGCGCUAGCGGAUUGCAGAGAGGCUAUUGUAAAUGCUGUCGUCGAUUCGCUUGGUGCAUAUCAAAAGACAAUGCGACAAGGCCGACCUGGUGGACUGCUGGCACCACGAAAGGGUCAUUUGCGGCUGUUCCCUCUUUAUGCACUCGCCAUGCUGAAGCAUGCGGAAAUAGGCGGACGUAUAACAGUGUUUCAAGCGUCGAUUCCUAAUAUUGGACCUGCUAGUUUGAAACCACGCGAAGAUCCGAAUCAGAGAGCAGCGAAUGAUGUUCAAAAUCUCGGACCAGUAACCGAUUUCUAUAAAUGUCUUGCUUUGGAAUGUACCGGACAUCAAGUAGCUCUUGAUCUGUUCCUGCUCAAUUCGCAAUACGCUGACCUUGCCACUCUGUCGGAAAUGUCCAAGUUCUCCACUGGUUGUGUGUACCACUUCCCGAACUACCAUUGUCUCAACGAUACUAUACAGGUGUGUGGAUACUUUUCCGUUUUUGGCUGA